UAGUAAUGGAAGUACCUUAACUGUUGAGAUGGUUAUGCUAAUCCAUUUUCUGAGAAAUUAAUGCAUAUUGACUCAGAAUCAUGUUUCUAAAAUAGAAUCUAUUGAACAUUCAUUGUAAUUAUCUGCCAGGAUACCUUUGUCUAUGUAAGAACUGAUCCUUAUCAGGGAUCUGCAAAUCAAGUUUUAAAAGAAGUAAUUAGUGAUAUAAAUCCAAGCAGCAAUUAAUGAGAAUCAUCAAUGGCCUCUAACUUGAGAUAGGAGAAUAUUUCUGGUCAAUGACAGUAAUAAAAUUUUGAUUUGAUAUAAUUUGUCAUAUGCAAACCUCUAGACGUCCAAAAGACUGUUUGCAGACAAGCUCUGAUGUAAAUUCCUAAAUCAUUCUCACUUGCUCUCAGGAGAUAUUGGCAUUCUUAAUUAAAAUUUCACAAGAUCGCCCAACCUCUUUCUUAUCUCACAAAAUUUCUGCCGUUUCAAAUUUUUAAAAGAUUGAAAGUAAGCACCCCAUAUCUUUAUGGUUAUGGAUUAAAAAAAAAUGCCCAGGCCACGCCUGCAAAUCUUCCCGGGAACUGUCAAUAAAGGGCGUUCACCGCGCCUUUAUAAAGGAAAACGCAGAGUCACAAGAGCUCCUUCGCCUGGCCACUUGUCGCGGGUUCAAAGGCACGGUCCGCUCGCAGGAGAGGAAGGCGUGAGGCGACCCCAUUGCUGCAGCCCACAGCCUGGCCUGGGGGCGGGCCCUGGAAGAAGUCGGCUCUGGUGAAGAGCGGCAGUGCCAGCUCUCCCCAUGGGGCGCUACACGGGCCAGACGUGCCGCCUGAUCUUCAUGCUGGCCCUGACAGCGGGCUUCUUCGUGGCCGAGCUGGUGUCGGGCUACGUGGGCAACUCGAUCGCGCUGGUCUCCGACUCCUUCAGCAUGCUCUCCGACCUGAUCGCUCUGAGCGUGGGCAUCGCCACAGGGCGCCUCUCUCGCCAACGCCGACGCCGCCCCGCCGCCUCUUAUGGCUCCGGACGGGCCGAGGUGGUGGGCGCCCUCAGCAACGCCGUCUUCCUGGCCGCCCUCUACUUCACCAUCCUGGUGGAAGCGGUGAAGCGGCUGGUGAGGCCGGAGGCCAUCCGCGAUGCUGCGCUCAUCCUCGUGGUAGGCGCGCUCGGCCUGGCAGUCAAUCUCGUGGGUCUCCUCGUCUUCCAGGACUGGGGCUGCAGCUGCUGCGGCCGCCGCCGUCGGGGCUCGCCGCCCCCACCCCCGCCCCGGCUUAGCCACGAGGACGAGAGCCAAACCCGGGCCUUUCCUGGCAGCUCGUCCGCCUUAGAGGGGAUCGUGAAAGAGAGCGACGAGGGCGCCCCGGGGGCUCUGAGCAUAGGAGCAGCAGGUGAUUCUGCAGAUACCGAGAAAAAGCCCAAAGAGGAUGGGAAACAGAAAAAAGAAAAAAAGUCUGAAGCCUUGAACAUCAGAGGUGUCCUUUUGCAUGUGAUGGGAGAUGCUCUUGGCUCAGUUAUUGUUGUGGUUGCAGCUUCAAUAUUCUAUGCGCUUCCUCUGGAUGAGAACACACCAUGUAAUUGGCAGUGUUACGUUGAUCCCAGCCUGACCAUCAUUAUGGUCUUUAUCAUACUGUCCUCAGCCUUUCCACUUAUCAAGGAGACGGCAACCAUUUUGCUGCAAAUGGUUCCCAAGAGUGUGAAUAUGCAAAUAUUGACAAACAAAUUACUGGAAGUGCCAGGGGUUAGCAGCAUUCAUGAGCUGCACGUUUGGGAAUUUGUCAAGGGGAAGAAUAUUGCCACGCUCCACAUCAAGUGUCACUCUACUUCUGACUACCCAGUUGCUUCAUACAAAAUCAGAGAGGUGUUCCACGAAGAAGGGAUCCAUUCAGUGACCAUCCAGCCAGAGUACCUAGACCACAAGAGUCCUGAGGUCCUGUGCAGUACACCAUGUAUCUCCAAAUCUUGUGAUCCUCAGUUGUGCUGCAGCCAGCAGGAAGCUUUUCUUUCCCAGAUGAAUGGUUAUACUGAAAAAAUAGGCAGCUUUUCUCCAUCACUGAAGAAAGUCUUCCAUAAAAAAGAUGUCAUAGAAAUUCCUAUUGAACCCAUGUGGGCUGAAGACAUGGUCAAAAAGAACAGUUUCUCCAAGGAUAGUUACAAAGAAAAAAGUGAAACCACACCAUAUAUAAGCAGCACUCAAUUUUAGGCUCUUGGGUGAAUGGAUUCUAAGUUUUUUUUGUCUAAAAAAAAGGGGGGGCUUCCUUGUGCAAAGCUUCCUUUGGCUGAAAAAGAAGUAGCUGUUGGCAAGUGUUUGCCAUGGUUCUGGGAGGCAGUAUUUGAAAGCUGAAUUCACAAGGGUAUUCACAAUUCACAAAUGCUGUGACUAAAAUGGAUGCCCUUGGUGUCUUCUAAGGUCUAGCUGGAAUGGAAAGCCAUUUUCCUAAUGCUGGGCAAACAAGCAAUGUCAUCCCUGUUUGCUGCCCUAUCCCUGCAAAGAGAAAAGGAUAAAGCAUU